AUGACACCCCGUUGCUUCAUCGUCCGUCACGGCGAGACUGAAUGGUCCCUUAACGGGCGGCACACCGGCAUCACCGAUCUGCCGCUUACAGCGAACGGCGAGAAGCGGAUCAAGGCAACGGGCAAAGCCCUGGUCGGCAACGACCGACUGAUCGCUCCCAAGAAGCUGGUACAUGUCUACGUGUCUCCCCGCACCCGCGCUCAACGUACCCUCGAGCUCCUCGAAAUCGGCUGCAAAGAGAGACUCCCCUGGACCGAACACAGAAAAUCAGAAGAGGAGGAACCCAUCCGCACGGAAGCCAAGGUGGAAAUCACCGAGGCCAUCCGGGAAUGGGACUAUGGCGAUUAUGAAGGAUUGACGAGUAAGCAGAUCAGAGAGUUGCGGGAGAAGAAUGGGCAGGGGUCGUGGGAUAUCUGGAGGGAUGGAUGUCCAGGUGGAGAGUAUGAUGCCGCUCUGAUUCAAGCUUGCAGCUUGAAAUCCCCUACCGUGGCAGGACUUGAGCAGCAGCUGAUGAAAGUGAAACCAAACAGAUCCCCGGAAGACGUCAUUCGUCGACUUGAUGCCUUGAUCGCCGAGAUCAGGGAUAAAUACCACAGUAAAUGCUUGGAUGGCUCGUCAGACGGCAAAGGGGACGUUCUGAUCGUCGCACACGGUCACAUCCUGCGCGCGUUUGCCAUGCGCUGGACCGGAAAGCCACUCUCGGAGACGACGCUGAUCCUGGAAGCUGGUGGAGUCGGCACAUUAAGUUACGAGCACCAUAACAUCCACGAACCGGCGAUCAUCCUCGGCGGCGGUUUCGUCGUAGAAGAGUAG